CAGAUUAUCAGCAUGUGGGAAAUAGAGGCCGAAUGACCGAUUAAUAAUGCCAGGACGAGUCUGCUGCUGCUGCGCUGCCCUGCGCCCGCGAUACAAGCGCCUGGUGGACAAUAUCUUCCCCGAGGACCCCAAAGAUGGCCUGGUCAAAUCGGACAUGGAGAAGCUGACCUUCUACGCCGUCUCGGCCCCGGAGAAGCUGGACCGGAUUGGCGCCUACCUGGCGGAAAGGCUGAGCCGGGAUGUCGUCCGCCAUCGCUACGGCUACGUCUUCAUUGCCAUGGAGGCUCUGGACCAGCUGCUCAUGGCCUGCCACUCGCAGAGCAUCAAGCCCUUCGUGGAGAGCUUCCUGCACAUGGUGGCCAAACUGCUGGAGUCCGGAGACCCCCAGCUGCAAGUCCUGGGGACCAACUCGUUUGUCAAGUUUGCAAACAUUGAGGAGGACACGCCGUCCUAUCACCGCCGCUACGACUUCUUCGUCUCCCGCUUCAGUGCCAUGUGCCACUCCUGCCACGACGAUCCGGAAAUACGGAACGAGAUCCGGAUCGCCGGCAUCAGGGGCAUCCAGGGAGUGGUGAGGAAGACUGUGAACGAUGAGCUCCGGGCCACCAUCUGGGAGCCUCAACACAUGGACAAGAUCGUCCCCUCCCUGCUUUUCAACAUGCAGAAGACGGAAGACCUUGAGGGUCGAAUUGGACCACCGGCUUCUCCAUCGGGCGAGAAAGAGGAGAAUCCUGCUGUCUUGGCCGAGAACUGCUUCCGAGAACUGCUGGCCCGUGCAACCUACGGGAACAUGAGCAACGCCGUCAGGCCGGUCUUUGCACAUUUAGGCCAUCACAAACUAUGGGACCCAAAUGAAUUUGCCGUCCAUUGCUUUAAAAUCAUCAUGUACUCCAUCCAGGCCCAAUACUCCCACCACGUGAUACAGGAGAUCCUGGCACACCUGGACAGCUGCAAGCGAGACUCGCCCCGCGUUCGAGCUGGGAUCAUCCAAGUCCUGCUGGAGGCGGUGGCCAUCGCGGCCAAGGGAUCCAUCGGACCCACCGUCCUGGAGGUGUUCAACACCCUGCUGAAGCACCUGAGCCUGAGUGUGGAUUUCGAACUGGGCAACACGAGGGGAGAUCACAGCCACGCUGCCCCCUCUGCCCCCUCUAAGGACAACGAUGAGCGGAUCGUCCAGAAUGCCAUCAUUCAAACCAUCGGUGAGUGUGCAGGGGAUUUGGGAACAAGGCGGAUUCAAAUCAUGCUGCUACGGUCGUUGCUGAUGGUGACCUCUGGGUACAACGCCAAGAGCAUCGCCUCGGUCCUCUCGGCGCCUUUCCUGGACCCUCUGCUCUCCACCUCCCUCAUGGAGGACUCCGAACUGCGGCAGCUGGUCUUGGAGAUCCUACACAACCUGAUUGACCGGCACGACAACAGAGCCAAGCUUCGAGGGAUACGAAUCAUCCCGGACGUGUCUGAUCUGAAGAUAAAGCGAGACAAAAUUUCCCGGCAAGAUGUGAGCUUUAUGAAGAAGCACGGCCAACAGCUGUACCGGCACGUCUACUUGGGCUGCAAAGAAGUCGACAACGUGCACAAGAAUUUUGAGCUGCUCUACACGUCGCUGGCCCUGAUCACCAUCGAGCUGGCCAACGAGGAAGUGGUCACCGACCUCAUCCGCCUGGCCAUCGCUCUGCAGGACAUCGCCAUCCUCAACGAGGACAACCUGCCGAUGUUCAACCGGUGCAGCAUCAUGGGGCUGGUGGCCGCGUACCUCAACUUUCUGAGCCAGAUGAUCGCGAUCCCGGCCUUCUGCCAGCACAUCAGCAAGGUGAUUGAAACCAGAACAGUGGAAGCGCCCUACUUUUUGCCAGAAACCAUCCUCCGAGACAAGUGCAGCAUUCCCCUGAACUUUGAUAAGGACGACAAGAGCUUGUUCUUCCUGACUCACAAGAUUGUGGAAUCCUUAGGCGGCAGCGGCUACAGCGCGGAAAGGCUGUCGGUGCCUUACGUGCCCCAGGUGACAGAUGAGGACCGGCUGUCACGAAGGAAGAGUAUCGUGGACACCGUGUCCAUUCAGGUGGACCUCCUUCCUGGAAACGGUGCAGAAGAUAAGGUCAACAGCACGGAGGAAAUUACCUUUGAAGCACUGAAGAAGGCAAUAGAUAACACCGGCCUUGAAGAGCAGGAGAAGGAAAAGAGACGCCUGGUCAUUGAGAAGUUUCAGAAAGCUCCCUUCGAAGAGAUUGCGGCACAGUGCGAGACCAAGGCGAACCUCCUCCAUGACCGACUGGCUCAGAUCCUGGAGCUCACCAUCCGGCCCCCUCCCAGCCCUUCGGGGACCUUGACCAUCACCGCCGGCUGCCCCCAUUACCAAUCUGUUCCCGUCUAUGAGAUGAAGUUUCCGGAUCUUUGUGUGUAUUGAGGGCUCUGCUGGGAAUUAUUGUAGUCCUAGAGCACACACUGUGUAAAGCCCAGAAGGAGUUCCUAACUCUCUUCACUCUUUGCCACAAUUUAACCGAGUUUUCAAACACGGCCAUGAACUCGAAGGGCAGCUAGGCUGGGAUUGCACCUGAAAUAUCUUUUAUUUUGUACACGCUAUUCUCAAAGCGGUUGCGAAGAAAAAUGAAAAGCAGAAGACGGUUUAUUUUGGGGCAGCUGGUUUCAUGGUUUGGAAAUAAGGGCGUGCUUAGGUUUAUAGUUCCACUUUGUCUAGAAGUUCUGGGCUGGCUCCUAUCCAAAACUUUUUCGUAACGUAAAUCUUGAGCACCUUAAAACAAUACAAAGUGGAAACCUUGCUAUCAUUAACUAAAGGAUGAUGCUAAAUACUAGGCCACGUUGAAGAACUGGCAUGUGCCCACAAUAGUUAAAUCCGAACCAUAGUUGCUUUCUCAAAAAUUCUACGCUUCUGCAAAUAGUUGUCACGUGCACUGUUCUGAUAAAAAAAAGCCUCAUUUUGAGCUUUAAAGCCUGCAGUAUUUUUUCAUGUCUUAAAAAAAAAGUCUAGUCUACAGUCCAUACUUUGAGGGAAAGUUUAUUUUUACUGCACAGUGGUAUAUAGAUGAUAUAAAUAUAUAUAGUAUAUAUUUAGUAUAGCACAAGGUUAUUAAUAAGGGCAUUUUAAAACGAGAGGGUUUUUAAAAACACAUUUCUGAAAUUGUAAUAGAAGAGUUGGUUAUUCUAUGAUCUAUUUCUCUCUGUAAUAUAGUGGUGAUAGUGAUAUUUUAUUAACUGAAAAACAAAAAAUAUGGAUGGCGCCCGUAGGCAACUUAGUAUUUUUAUUGUAAUGUACCUGCUCCCCCCUUUUUUUCCACCUGCCAACCGCCGUUUCUCUCCUCAAGGCGUCCCGCUCAAGAUAUUCCCAAUUUCUGAUGCCUUUUUAUUAACACACAUUACACAACGGGGUGGAUUUUAAGUGUUUAGCCCGUCCUACCAAUAACUUCAACAGCUCAAUAAAUAGCUGGCAAGCUUUGGCAAUUUAACCUGUACCAUAGUUGCCAGUUUGCUAAGGGGGUGGGGUGUGAUUGAUAGAGGUUCGGCCCCGGGGAUACAAAUUGGGGAGAAGUCUUGGGAAUUUUAUUUUAUUUUUUUUAAAAGAAAUCUGGCCAGCCUGUUAAAAGAGCCGAGCUCCGGACGUACUCACGGUAACCAAGGCCUCUUUUUCAGUUUGACAGCGCAAUCACAGCUCUUAAGAGGAGGACGAAACCACCUCUCUGGUGCAGCAUCCCCCUGGGAUUGCAGCUGCUCCAGCCUGCUCAGACGGGAGGCAGCGCCCCUCACAGGAUGCCCGGGGCCCCCCCUCCCUUGGCACCCUUAGCUCCCCCUUUUUGGUUUUGGAAGGUAAGCUGUGUGGGCGUCUGAUGUCAUCCGAGGGGUGUCUUCCCGAAGAGCAAAAGGCCAAGGGAAGGCCCCUCUUGUCUUUUUCCAAAGUGUGGCUGCUUAUGCGCCAGCCCCGAAGGGAAGGCCAAGUGCGCUGCCGUGUUCACCCCAUGCCGCCUGUGACUGGUCCUGCUGUCCGUCCAGCCGCUUCCCCCCCAAUGCUCUGCAUGCAACAGACACCUUAGCCGUUCAUGCCUCAUCUGCUGGGCUGCCUCCAUCUUUUUGUUGUUGAACUGCGACAUUUCCACAACUCUUGUGGCUGCGUAGCGUUUAGCGGGGG